AUGGCUUAUGAAGCUCUGAAUUCCCUGCAACAAACUUUACUCCAAAUCCUUCAAAGCAACGAUCAUCUCACCACUCAUCAUAUAAAAUCACGAAUUAUAUCCAUCCACGACAAAGCCGUUGUCUUGCAAUUGAAUCUCAACCAUUUUCCAGAUAAAGAAACAAUAAGGGAGGUUGCAAAUACAUCAGAAGAGAUUAUUCAAUAUCUUUUUUCCUCAGAAUAUCUAUCAAACUGUAAAUCAAUAGAUACAGGUCUCAGACUUUCAGAUCAGUUGGGGGAAUUGGCUGAGGAGCUCGACUCAACUGUCGGAGAUGUGGUUGACUACUGCAAGAGCAACAAAGAAGUGAGUGAUUCUCCUCCUGUUAGUGAAAUUGAAGAUCAAACGGUUGCACAGGAGCUGUCUGUCAUAAGUUCAAAUCGGUUUAGAAAUAUAGCGGAUAAAAUAAAGUCAACUGUUGGUUCCGACAGUAACGAUUCAGUUGACUUUGAUGAAGAUCCGAAUGAUUCACCAUUAUUGUUGUUAUCUCCACCCAUAAGCAAAUAUGUGGUGGUUGGUUCCGAUGAAGAUAUAUUACAGAUGAAGAACAGGCUGACUAGCAUUUCAGCCAGCCGAGAAAUCCUCCCUAUUGUCGGAAUGGGAGGCAUUGGUAAGUCCACACUUGCUAGACAUAUUUAUGAUGAUCCAAUGGUGAUGAAGCGUUUUGAUAUUCGAGCAUGGGUCACAGUAUCACAAGAUUAUAGUGUUGAAAGUAUUCUCUCACAAUUACUAGCUUCGGUCAAAGGAAAAGUGGAUCGAGAAGGAAGGGAUUCGUUGAAAGUAAUCGAAGGAAGGGGGAAUCAAAUUUACAAUAUCUUUUUGGAUGGGAGGUAUCUCAUAGUGAUGGACGACAUAUGGAGUGCCAAAGCUUGGCAUAGCGUAAGCUGGCUAUUUCCUAAAAAUCAUAAUGGAAGUUGUAUCAUAUUAACCACAAGGCUAAUGGAUGUGACAACUUAUUGUACCUCUUUGCCUGUUCAUAUGAUGUGUUUCUUGGAUGACGAACAAAGUUGGCGUUUGUUCCACCACAAGGUUUUCGGAGAUCAAGAUUGUCCUCUUGAGCUACGUAGUGUUGGGGAAAUAAUUGUAAAAGGAUGUGGAGGACUGCCUCUGUCAAUUGUAACUGUGGCAGGACUUUUAUCGAGGAUUCCAAGAACUCCAAAGUUGUGGCAGCAAAUUGAAGUAAAUGAUGGGCACUUGGGAUCAAUAUUAUCUUUGAGUUACAAUCACUUGCCUCAAGAUUUGAGGGAGUGUUUCUUGUAUAUGGCAGGCUUCCCUCAGGAUUACGAGAUUCAUGUCUCUGAACUCACCAAACUUUGGGUAGCUGAGGGCUUUUUGGAACCACGAACUAAACCUGGAACCUUUAUGGAACUAGUAAAUAAACUUAAAAUCGUAGAAGAGUCAGCAGAGCAGUGCUUGGAAGAUCUGAUCAGACAAAGUCUAGUUUUAGUCACUAGCAGGAAAAUUGAUGGCAAAAUCAAAAGUUGCAAGCUACAUAGUAUGGUGCGUGACUUUUGUGUGAGACAAGCUGGACAAGAGAAGUUCCUUCUUCAUGUUAACGACUACUUCCCUAAUCCUAUCUUGAGAAGGCAUUUUCUUCCAAAAGUCCUCCAAAAUCAUCAUCGCUUAAGAGUUAGCUGGCAUGAUCUACACCUUAAAGAUUCUUUGCAUAGCUCCACCACUUCUAUUAUAUGCAUCCCACAAAGGGGGUAUAAGCCUAAAGGAUCUGUAGAGAACUUUAGUUCAUUGAGGGUCCUUCACGUUUUACGGAGAAAUGAUCAUUCAUAUUGGGAGCUAGGUCAAGUGUUUAACUUGAUUAGUCUCACUUACCUUGCUUCCAACAUUCCUGAUAGUAUUGUCCCUCCAGCUAUAGCAAAGCUUCAGAACCUGCAGACUUUAAUUAUUUAUAGAUCUGAUGUUCGUUUGCCAGUGGAGAUUUGGAGCCUGAGGCAAUUGAGGCAUCUUAUCGCCUUCUCAUUUUAUCCUUUACCCCUCCCCGAAGGAGCAACUCUUUCUCUUAAAAACUUACAAACACUUACUAUGGCAGCAAACUUUGUAUGUAGUGAAACGAUGGUCAAAAUGAUCCUAAACAUAAAAAAGUUGGGAAUAUGCUACUCUGAAGAGAAGUUUGGAGCAGGCUGUCAUCUGUACAAUCUUAUACAUUUGCGUCGACUUGAGAAAUUGAAAUUGAAGAUGCAGAGUUCAUCUAUGCCGCAUUUUGAAAAUCUUGCUCAUUCCUCUAUCGCUGAAAAAGUUAGAAUUAAGUGGCGGGUGGAUUUCUACGAGAGCUAUGGUGAUUGUUGGUUCAUUGCCGAUUCUUCAAGUGUUGAAACUAAAGAACUAUGCUUUCCAAGAGGAAAAAUGGGAAACCAUGAGCAUGGGAUUUCAUCGUUUGAUAGUUCUGCUUAUUGA